UCACAAUUUCAAAUUAAUAGUAUAUGGUUUAUCAAAUUGGUGUUUACAGUUGUGGUUCUAUUACAAUAUUCAGAUGGCCGAAGCUGCUGCUGGGUCGAAAGGUCAAACCGCUGACUUUGAGACGGCGAUUGCUGAAUGCGGUUUUGGCCUCUUCAACGUGUAUAUUCUGUUCUGUGCGAUGCCCUGCCUGGCGGCCAUGGUCUUUUCGGCAUCGGCCAUGUCUUAUGUGAUGCCCAUGACCGAGUGCGAGCUGAAGUUAUCUCUGCUGGACAAGGGCAUAAUGCAUGCUGUGACCUAUGCUGGUAUGAUCAUCUCGGCCAUACCCUGGGGUUUUGUGGCUGACACGAUGGGGCGUCGCUUGGUGUUGAUUAGUGGUGGCUGGAUGGAUGGUCUCUGUGUGCUGUGUGCGGCCUUGAGUCAGACUUCCACCCAGUUGAUGGUCUUUAAGUUCUUUGAUGGCUUUAUUGUUUGUGGACCCUUUGCCGUGGUCGUUAGCAAUCUGGUCGAGUUUCAUGGCAAAAAGCAUCGGGCUUUCAUCAUGCUGUUUAUCGGUUUCAGUGUUGCCCUUGGUGCACUCAUUCUCACCAUUGUGGCCUACUUCUUGUUGCCAGUGCAUAUUUCCUUCGACGUUGGCACCCUCCACUUUCACACCUGGCAGAUCUUUUUGGUGCUGACGGCAUUGCCAAGUCUGACGAGCGGUUUUCUGCACAUCUUUUUGCCCGAGAGUCCGAGGUUCCUUAUGUCCCAGGGCAACUACCGCAAGGCCUUGAAGUCCUUGCAGCGCAUCUAUGCGAUGAACAAGCGCAAGAGUCGCGAUUCCUAUCCGAUCACCACUUUAACUGAUGCCACACCAGAGCGAGACACAACACACGAUCCGAGUGGCCAUCAAUCAUUGCGCGAACGCUUUGCCAGAACCAACAAAAAGUUUGUCGAGGGUCUCCAACAGCUGAAGCCCAUGUUUUCCAGUCCAUACCUGGCAUUAUCCGGACGCAUUUAUUGCCUGCACUUUUGCCAGGUUAUGUGCGUAAAUUCAAUACGUCUUUGGCUGCCACAAAUCUUUGCCACAAUGCACACACUCGAGGUGCAUGGCGUUCGGGAUAAGAGCAUGUGUGCGCUCUUGGAUCACAAUUCGAAGCGUGGACCAACGAAAUCCUUAAAGGUGGAAUGCGACAUACAUCAGCAACCGGAAUCCUUUAUGAAUAACAUUAUUGUGGCCGGCAUUGGUCUUGUCGGUUUUCUUAUCUUCUUUCCCAUAUUGCGCAUACGCGGCGUUGUUAACCAUAUACUGAAGAUCUGUCUUUUUGUAUGCACCUUUCUGGUUGGUGGUCUUUACUUCUCACGAACAUCGGUUACGAUUCUGAUAGUUGCUUCGCUUUAUUUGACCAUCAUGGGCGUUUGUGCUUCAACCAUAAUUGGCAUGUGUGUUGUGGUCUUUCCCACGUUAAUGAGAACAAUGGUUUUAUUGCUAAUCAUGACGUUUGGUCGCUUGGGUUCGGUUGCAGGAAACCUUUUGCUGCCCCUCUUCAUACAGAUAACCUGCUGGGCGCCUUUUGCUUGGCUUGUUUUUCUAAUGAGCAUUGCCUUUCUCAUGUCGUUGUUCUUGAAAGUGGACUUCCAGCAGCCGCUAAAUUAACCUUUGUACCGGUAGUAUUUCUUUUUUUUUUUUUUAAAUUUAGAUCUGUGUAGAAUGUAUAUGUUACGUGUAUGUGUGUGAAUAUAUAGCAUCAUUACUUCAUAUCAGA